AUGGCGCAGGAGGACGACGGGCUUGGCGGGAUCGCGCUCUUCCCGGACGACCUCGGGUUUCCCAACGUCGAGUGCAUCCAAGAGAAUGGAGAUGAGAUACUCGUCGAGGAGCUUACGGACGCGCAGACCUACGCACACGUCAUCGCGCACUUGGAACGUCGCCGCAUCAAGGCAAAGCUCGCCGAGGCGAAUGGAAGUGCAAAGAGGCGCAAGACAGAUGACGUGGCAGACGACGAGACAUUGUCUGUCGCGAGCACGACCAAGGACGAUGACGCAGCGUCGCCCCACGACGACGUGAUCGACCCGCGUUUGCACUACCGUCCGAUCGUGUCGGAGCUUCAGGCCGCGACCGUUGAGCUGCAUCAACUCAUCAACACGAUCGACCUUCUCCGGCGCCGCGAGUACCUCGAAGAGGUGUUUUGCCAGCGCGAGGAGUCGCACUUGAAGGCGAAGAAGGAGGAUUUGACGUACCUCUUGACGUCCAAGGCGACGCAAAUCUCCGACGCAGCUAGCAUUCUGACAAAGGGUGCAACGGCGCUACAGACGUCGGUGCAGAAGGAGCGACUCUUCUUCAAGGGCGCUCGCAAUCUUCUCGGGAAAUGGAACAUCACGGCGCCGAUCCAUGGCACGAUCCCCAAGCCGUUCCGCGCGGGCGAGCCGCUUGCCGUCGACUGCAGUUUUGCCACAUCCGGCUCCAAAUUUGUUCCUCCAACGAUGUCGAUCAACGAUGUGGCGUACGCUGAGCUUAGUCGCACGGCCGUCGGAUUGGUUCGGGUCGCGACGCCCGAAUUCCAUCUUCAGCGCACACUGCAGCUGGAGUUGCGCUCGACCCUAACGUCCGAAGUCCUCGACUCGUACACCUUGCCUACCUUACCGAUUGCUGCCUGGGAAACCACCGAGUACGACGAGCUCACAAAUUCGGUCGACGACGCCGCCAAGCUCGAAGAGCACAACCAGGCGUUGCUAGUGGCGGUCCAGCACGCCGUCUACUGCGAAGAAACAUUCGAGACUCUUAUGCAAGAGGCCCUUUUACCAUCGGCUAAGUGGGUCGAGACGCUUUUUCCUCUCCCAAACUACACGCCAACUGUAUCGACGUCGCGCAGCACGUCCAAGGUCGCGCCGAUCUCCAUGUCGUCGAUCAAGGACGAUGAGAUCCAAGUGCGCAUGGACCAGCACCAGCUGCUCACGAUUCGUCUCGUCGACGCCAGUGACGGUACGGCGUUGGCGCCGCCGGCGCCUUCGUCGCUAUGUCACCUUGCGACGACGCUGCUGCUCCAAGAAACCCGCAAAUUUCACGUACGCUGCAACCAAGCCAAGCGCCCCGCACUCUUCACCCCGUCAGCGUCGCCUGGCCGCCCGCGCACGCUCCAGACUCUUAUCAACGUGCUCUCUCACGCCCUUCUCAAGAAGCAGCUCCAAACGUACCUGGAUGGUCUUGCGGCGUCACUAGCGACGGGGAACGCCGCUGUUCGAGUUCUCGACGACGGUCUCUGCCAGCCGCGCUGCGACUCGACGCGCGGUAUCUACAUGCUCUUGCGCUGGAAGGUCUGCCCGCAACUCUCCACACUGGCUGCACUCGAGCUCAGCAUCGGCAAGGACUACUACUCGGAGGUGCUUGUGCGUGGCACGCGCAUCGAGUGCCACGGUGACGUGGUUCAGCACGUGUUUGGCCUCGAUGCGUUCAAGGCGUGGGUCGAAGCCGUUGUGUGCCAGCAAGUUACGAUUGCGCUGCACCGCGAUGUCAAGGCGCUUGGCAUGAAGAAGGUCGUGCUCGAGAAUGACCGUCGCCGCCUUGUCUUGCUCGCAGCACCUGCGUGGGACGGUACGUACGUCGGCGAAGGCAAGAUUUCGGACGACACGGUUCUCAGCUCCUUGCUUCUCGAGCCUAUCGUCGUCGAAAUGAAGGUCACGAUAGCCUGCUCUGUCGUCGCGCUCAGUGUGCCGCCGAGCGUGACACCGUUCGUCGUCUCGGAGGGAACGCAGAUCCAGUGGAGUGCGCUUCCGGGUGCAAGCGACGCUGCAAAGCUCGCGUGGCUCACGCGGCAGUUUGAGAUGCUACCUGCAGUCCUCUUGAGUUAG